GUCACGACCAGAUCUGCUACAUGAGCUGCUCAUGGCCGCGCCUCUCGCCACCGGCUGUCGUACACACCGCAGAUUGCCUCCGGCGCCGCCUUCUGGGCUCCCUGGGCUGUCCGGCCCUACGAUGCGCCCUGGCUGGCGGCGCAGGUGCAGCGGCAGUGCAGCUGCUUGCUGCCGCAGCGGCAGCAGCUGCUGGAGUGUGCGGACGCGGCUGCCCGGCUGCUGCUGCUGCUGCGGUGGCUGAAGCGGCUGGGGGCCCUGGCUUGUGCAACAUGCGGGUUACAGGUCAGCCACUGCCGCUGGGCGCUGCCCCCUGCCUCCCUCCCUCGAGCGCCCGCCCCUGAUGAAGUCGGAGCCUGGUGCACCCGAGGCGACGACUGCGCCCUUGACGGCACCGCUGCCGCUCCCAGACACCCGGGCAGCAGCGUCCCGCGGGACAGCAGCAGCAGCAGCUGCUUCCUUCAAGACGUCGUGGCCCUAUCGGAUGUGCAAGCCUUGAGUCACGCUGCUGACACCCCGCUGGCUGGGUCGCCCCCUGGCCCCUGCCUGCCGGGGUUCACGUGUACGGCGGCGCAUUGCAGCAGAUGUGGAGAGCGGCUGGGCUGGCGCUUCAACGCGGGCGACAAGUCCAACCGCGGGCGCACACCGCACACACCUGCUGAGUUCUGGGGGCUGGGCAGGUCGGCGCUCGUGUGCCCUGGGUUGCCAAACAGCAGCAGCAGUACCCGCAGCGCUGUACGUCGCAGCCGUACGGCAUCACGACAUCAGCUGCCACCAACAUCAUCAUCACGGUCACCACCACCACCUGCCGUACAUGGGAGCCCGCCAGCAGGGGUGUUGCUGCCUCCGCAGCAGGCGGUAACCGCAGCAGCAGCUGCAACAGUGGCAGCCUCUGGUAGCGAUGGUGUUGGCAGUGGAGGUGAGGGGGUUACAGAGGCAGCAGCGGCGCAGGCCCAGGAAGAUGUUGCCGACGAGGGUGAGGGUAGUGGGAGUGAGUACGAGGAUGGGGAUGGUGACCAUGAGAAUGGUGGGUACGACACGGAUUCUGAGUCUGAACGGACCAGCGGAGAGGAGAGCAGCAGCAGCAGCAGUGUGGAAGCCGAAAGUGAUGGCGAGGAUGGUGAGCAGCAGGAUGAGGAUGAUGAGGAGGGCGUUGGGGAGUGGCAGUGAAGCGGGCGCAUCCAAUGCGAGUGGUGAAGGAUGAG